CCUCAGAUGCUCAACUAAAGAUCAUUCCGGCAGUAAGGAAGAAACAAAAUAUAAUCAACUUUUUUGGAGAAAUUCAGUACGAACAAGGUUUUGCUUAUGUACAAUGUCACUAUAUAAAUAUAUAUUUACAUUGGAGAUUUUUUGAAGAUGAUUUACGGCACGAUUUUGCAAAAGUAAAAGAUCAUUAGAACAGGAAAAAUACAUUGCAAAUUUGUCGGUACAAUUACUUAAUAUGAAAUUGACAUACAAAACCCCAAAAGAAGGGGACAAUAUGUUGAACGAACAACAAGCAGACUAUCCUUGUACAGUGGAUCUUGCUCAAUGCCACCUAAACAUGCCAGCACCAAACAUCAAGGUUUGACAUUGUAAUUAGAACAGCUUUGCACUGACGAUGCAAGCAAAAACACAUAGAUAAAAGCUAUGCAUGUGCUUGCACCAGGAUCCAGCAUUAUUAUAAACCACCAAGAAGAUUCUUGCUGUUCAUCACUGAAACAUGACAACGUGACAUCUCAACGGGAAGAUAGCCAGCGCACCAGUGUAACGCGCUAAGAGUUAGACAGCUAUAAUGUUUUAAUCACUACACUGCUCCCAGAUCAAGAACCUUGAUCGGCAGCAUCUGGAAUACAAAAUUUCAUGAUUCCCUUUGUCUACCAUCGAAGCUAUGCUGCAUCACAUCCAUCCUCUGUAUAUAUAGGUCUCAAGACAAGACUAUACACACCAAGACAACACUUGAUCUUUCCUCCUCAAGUCCUCACUCCUUCCAACUCAAUACAGAGAUUAGUUUCCGAAGCAGAUAUGGCUUUUGCUCUAAGAUCAAUAAGCUUGCCUUCAAGGCAUCACACCACUGAGGCGGAAGUACAAGAAGAUCUGCACAGCCUAGAGACAAGUGUCUCUUCAUCCAUCACCAUCGAGACGAUGUGUGAUGGCCUGCGGAGGCUUGGAGACAUCUACAGUGCUGUUGAGGAGAUCAUCCAGUUGCCAAGCAACCAAGUCUGUUCCUCCCAGCAGAGGAAGAUAUUGGAUGGAGAGACGGAAUGUUCUCUCGAGCUUCUGGAUCUCUGCAACAACAUGCAAGAGAUCUUCGUUGAGCUCAAGGCCAUUAUCCAAGAGCUGCAAGUGGCUCUAAGAAAAGGAGAUGAUGCAACCAUCCAAGCCAAGAUCCAGUCUUACAUCAGACUGGUGAAGAAGGCUGGUAAACAAUUCAAGAAGACUACCAGGAAGGCGACUUCGGACAAGAUGGAUUGCGGAAUGGUCAGUCUAUUGAUCAACGCAAGGGAGAUGACUAUCUCUCUACUUGAGUCCGUGGUGCACCUUUUGUCCAAGCAAAUCGAAGUGCCUAAACAGUCCCUAGUUUCCAAGGCAUUUCACAAGAAAAAAGCUGUUGUUUGUGAGGAGCAAUUGCAGGACUUAGAGUGCAGUAUCAGGGAUCUUGAGAGUGGAGCAGGACACCUGUUCCGGAAAUUAAUCCAGAGCAGAGUUUCUCUCCUAAACAUACUUAGCUCAUAGAUCUCCAGGAGCCUUGUCACUCAUAUCAUGUUAUUGGCAUCCGAUUUUUGGAGGACUGGCCAAUCUCACAUUUUCCCCAGAUGUAUAUACAAUACAGAUGUAAAAAAACAACAGAAACAAAUCCCAAAUUUUGAUCUAUUUUGUGCCCGCAAUAUAUUUUUGUGAUGUCAUAAUAGUUUGGUUCAGAUCCUUAUUUGCCUGAUCUUGUUUUGCGUACAUGAUACAUGCCAGUUUGAAGUCAGAAAAAGCUUGUAUUUUUCAGA